AUGGCAGAAUGUCCGAAAUGGGAAGAAAAGUUCGCAGUAUGGCUUUCGAAAAGGAUAAAUGACUUGAUCAUUGAUAAAAACGACAAAUGGAGAACCGAGUUGUUCAGUGAUAUCAUGUCCAAGAUAAGCGAAAAUUGCAAGCACAAAAGUUUUCCAUGCAAAACAAUUUUCUCACUUGGAUCACAACAAACGCCUAUUGCGGAAGAUGUGGAUAGGUCACAGAUGAUGUCACAAAGAAGUAAUGAUUUAGGAAACAAAUCAACAUUUUCAAGAAAUUCGAAAUCUGAUACUGGGAGAGAAACAAAAGGCGAAACGAUAUCAACAUUAAUUCGAAAUUUGAAAUUGGGUAAAGGGAUGGAUAAUUGUGCAUCAUUAAAUGACAGCGAAAUAAAGCAGCUGUUGAAUUUUGGGCAUUUAAAACAGCGAGACCUUGAACAAAAAUUGGGUAAUGACUUUCUCCGUGCAGUUUCACUGCGGAGGUCGCAUUUCUAUGAGACCGCAAAUAUAUCGUUCCAAAAUCUACCGUUCCAGCAGUAUGACUACAGUUACGUGAAUGGAUCAUGCUGCGAAAAUGUCGUUGGUUAUGUUCCAGUACCGACGGGAAUUGUUGGACCACUACUGGUGAACGAGCGUAAAUGUUUCGUACCAAUGUCAACAACGGAAGGCGCUCUUAUCGCUAGUACCAACCGCGGUUGUCGUGCAAUUUUUGAAUCUGGUGGUGUCACGGCUCGUGUGUAUAGGAAUGGAAUGACGCGUGCUCCUGUUGUUCAGUUUGCGAAUGUCACUAGAGCGCUUGAGAUGAAGGAUUUGUUAGAUUCACCAAGUAGCUUCGAAGAAAUCAAAACUGUUUUUGAUUCGACAAGCAGUUUUGCGAGGUUACAACGGCUUGAGACAGAUGUGGCUGGACGUUUACUAUUUAUAAGAUUUGAAGCUGAAACAGGUGAUGCAAUGGGAAUGAACAUGGUUUCAAAAGGUGCAAAUGCAGUAUUAUUAUAUCUAAAAGAGAAAUAUCGCGAAAUGGAGGUGUUGUCAGUAUCUGGUAAUUACUGUAUGGACAAGAAAGCUAGUGCCAUUAAUUGGAUUAAAGGGCGUGGAAAAUCGAUAGUUGCUGAGGCAACGAUUUCAGCUGCAGUGGUGCAAACCGUUCUUAAAACUACUGUUGAUGCAUUAGUACAAUUAGGACGAGCAAAACUGUUGAUUGGUUCUUCCAUGGCUGGUACCAUUGGCGGUUGGAAUGCGCAUGCAGCUAAUAUUGUUGCAGCCAUAUUUAUUGCGACUGGACAAGAUGUAGCUCAGGUUGUGUCCAGUAGUAUGUGUUUAACUACAAUGGAAAAAACUGAUUUUGGUGAUUUGUGUAUUUCGUGCAACAUGCAUUGCCUUGAAGUUGGGACUGUUGGAGGCGGUACCAUAUUACCAGCUCAGAACGCAUGCUUACAGAUAAUGGGUUGUGGGAUACCAACUUCAGUCCCAGGUGAAUGUGCUGCACGUUUAGCGGAAAUAAUUUGUUCGACAGUACUGGCAGGUGAAUUAUCCCUUAUGGCAGCGGAGUGCUCAAACGAUCUUGUUAAAAGUCACAUAAGGCUUAAUAGGUCUAAUAGAUGUUUAUUGAUGUCUGCGGAUUCUGCGCCUGAUUUUCGAUAUGAAUCAAGGGCAGUAGCUUGUGAUAGCGAUGAAAAGAAGAAAGUAAGGGUAGAAAUCUCAUUCCGGGAGCAUCCCGUAAUAGAGAAACCCGUUAAAUUUGAAAUGCAAUGUUCCAAUAUUUUGUGA